ACAGCCACAGCUUCAGCUGUCAAUUCAAAGAUAGGUUAUGGUUGGACUCAACUCUCAAGCCACUCAACGUUCAAUCAACAGUUCAUUUUGGUUUUUGUCUUGGUACAGAAAUACAAGCUUUGCAUAUUUAUUAAUCUACAAUCAGUUUGAAUCUUGUGAAUAAUAAUUUCUUGAAUGUUUAUGCCUACUAUUUAUCAUUUAGUAUUAGCUGGUAUUAUAAACUUAAGGUGAAUGUAUAGUACAAAGUAGUUGCACUUUGGUAGGCUCAUCAAAAUCAUUCGAAAUGUCUGCUAUUUUUGAGCAAGUAAAAUUGCUUUUUGAGCAAGAACUUUUUUCUAAUGUGGUCUCUCUGGUCAACAUGGUUUCUACAGUCACAGAUCAUAAUCCACAGAUGAUGUCUAUGGCUGAUAAACUACAGAUGCUUAUCUACUAUGGAGAUUCCUUGUUCCAUUUAGGACAGUAUCGUUUGGCUGACUCUGUUUACCGACAAGCAAUUCAAUUUAGAAAAUCUAUUAUCAAAUCAAAGUCAUCCACCAAGAUCAACGAAAACUCCAGGGAUAUUGUUUCAGAUGUCGACAUCAAAUACCAAAUGCACCUGUGUGCUGUGAAACUGAACCAAUUGGAUGAGGCCAUUCGAAUUUUACAGUCAAUAUUUGCCAAGCAAAGAACGCCCAAAAUAAAUAUGGCGCUGGCGAAGCGUUUUCAAAUGCUUGGCAUGGAAAGGCCAGCUAUUACCGCUUAUAAAGAAGUUCUUAGGGAAUGUCCGAUGGCAUUAGAGGCAGCUGAAGCUUUAUUGGCUCUAGGUGUCAGCGCUGGCGAGGUUGAAAGUCUUGUUCUGGAUUCGAGUGUAACAGGAAUGGAUUGGAUGACCAGCUGGAUCAAGGCGCAUGCACACACUCAGAACAAAGAGUACAACCAGGCCAUCAACACAUUCAAGCAAAUGGAAGAACGAUCUCAGAUCAGGGGAAAUCACUCGCUGCUUGUUUCACUAGGCGAAGCCUACUAUUUUAGUGGCGAUAACAAAACUGCGCUUGUCACUCUGAAAAGGGCACAUUCACUAGACAAGAACCAGCAACGUGGCCUGGACAUACUGGCAGCUUUGUUGGCGUCGGAAAAGCAGAUAUCCGAACUGGAGAAACUAGUUCCCGUCUCGUGGACCAAUGAGGAGCAUGGACCUCAGGCCUGGAUCGCCCUCUCCUAUCUACUCUAUGCCAACAACAACCUCACCAGGGCUGCCUACUUGGCCCAAAAGGCUUGCUAUUUGUGUCCAAGGAAUGUGGAGGCGUUGGUUUUAAAAGGAAAACUUCUGUUCGAUUUGAAACAAUAUACUGAAGCAAUCUCACAUUUUCGAGAAGCUUUCAAGAUGGCGCCCCACAGAUUUGAGCCCCACAAAGGCCUGGUUGACUGUUAUAUGGCUACCCAACGUAUCAGGGAAGCGAGCACUAUUGCAAGUAACACUUGUAAGCAGUUGAACAACGCUCCAAGGGCAUUAACGCUGUAUGCUAGUGUUUUGAUGAAAGAUCCUAUCACAAUUUGUAAAGCGAAACUGCUUCUAGAAAAAGCUCUGAGUCAGGACAGCAAUUAUCUACCAGCUGUGUAUCUUUUAGCAGAAAUCUAUGAGGAGUUGUUGAAUUUAGAAGGCGCUAUCAAACUGCUUGAAAAGAUAGUGAAGAGUACCCCCACAUCAAAACUACAUCAAAUGCUUGGAGACUUGUUAGCCAAAAUCAAUGAGGAAGCUAAAGCUUUCGACCAUUACUACUCUGCACUAAGCCUGGACCCGAACAACCAGCGCGCAGUGGAGGGGCUGAACCGGCUGGACGGUGCGGGAGGGACGGGGGGUGCCAACGGUGGUGCAGGGGGGGGUGGCCGUGACACCUCCUACUACAACCCCAUGUCCGACGUGGACGGCUCGUUCGUCGACCACGUGCCUCCCUCGGACCAGGAGGACAGUUCCGAGAUAUCUGUCUGAGAGGCGGCCACUCAGUAGACGAAUAGAGCACCCGGAGUCCAGACAGUUGUUUGGAUAUCAUGUCUUGAAUCUGCCUACUGGGUUACCAAUUAGCCCUGGUGUCUUGAGGACUAAAACUUGAAGAAAACCAAGUUAAUCUUGGAUAUCGAGGAUCGCUUGCUCUACGUCAAUCUGAGCUCGAAUUUUAAUCUAUAGUUUUCAGUGAUAAUGAAUUCAACAAAAACUUGUGUACUAUACGUGUAUAGCUCAGAACUCCAAUUUGAAAUUCAUAACAUGCAAUUGUUAUAUUUUAUUAUCAUAUUUCAUAUUUGUGAAUAUUCUUAAGGUAUCCUUCAGAACUUACAAUGCCAUUUAUUUUUCAAAUAUUGAUCCAGUUUUUUUUUUUAACGCUCGAGACUGGAAACCAUAUUGGUAACACAAUCAAUGUUAAUUAUUAUUUUCAUUGUUCUACUAUCACUAUAUUUCGGAUCACUUUGUAUAAUUAAUAAAUAAACUUGUAUGAUAUUCUGAGCAUUCUAUUUUUUUGUUGAGAAGAUUGAUAUCAAUAGACUUGAAAUUGUUACUACCACUUUUAUUAUUUUAUGAGGACUAGAAUAGUUGUGACACCAUUACCAAUCUAGUUUUGAGUUAUUCAAAUAAAUAAGUGAUUGUUGAAGUGGAGUUGUACUAUCCAAUCUGUCCAUUGUGAUUGAUUGAAAACCCCUUGAUUCAAAUUUAAUCUACAAUUCCUUCUUGGAUUUAUAAUACCUGAUAGUAUAUCAAAUUUGAAUUGAUCAUCGUUUUUAUCAUGGUAUAGUCUAUUUCUUGUUAUUAUAUCUUUUGGUGUACCAUGUACAUAAGUCAAUGUUAUUGAAUAGGAUUUUCAAUUUAUUUAUGCCUCUUUAUUAUUAAUUUAUUUACAUCUCUAUGUGAUUUGAUGAUUAAGAUUAAAAUCUUCAAUGAAAUCAGCUCUAGUUCAUUCUCAUGAGAAAUGUAUGUAGUUUUAUCACUUCUAUGACUGUUUACUCUAUCUUGCAGUAAUGUCUGUAAACAAGAUUCUACGUUUUCAAUUCUUUCUUGCUGGAUUCCAACACCUCAGUAUCAGUAGAAGUGAAAUAUUUUGCAACAAUUUUAAAUUUUGUACCAAAUUCAAAAUUAUAAAAUUAAAUCUUCUAUAAAUAAACUUAAGAAUGAGCAAAUUACUGAUGGAAUCAUUGAUAGUUUAAUGGGAAUAAUUAUCAUAAUAUUUGUCAAGACAAUUUCCUAUUGUUAUUAGUAAAUUUCAUUAUCAGGAAUGUGGGGAGGGAUAUCAAAUAUAAAAAUAAGGGAAUUCAAAUAAUAAUUUCCUUCUCACCUCCAUGGUUAGAAAUUUUCUUUUAUCAGGAUUGCAUAUAAUCAUUGCCACCUUUAAUAAGAAGAGGCUGUGUUCGUAUAAUAUAGAAAGAAUUGUAUGAGAUAUGAAGCUACUUUUUCAAAAAAUCUCGAUGUAGAAAGUAAUACUUUUCUUGAAUAAAUAUUAUCCUUUUGUAACCACUC